GAAUCAGAGACCAUUCCGGUCGCCUUUCUUCACUUGACCGGCCAAGAUGUUGAACGCUGUAACGAAAGCGGCUGCUGGAGCCUUGAGAACCGUCAAACCUACUCUUCUUCAAAAUGAAGUUCCAAAAGUAUGCGGAGUACUAUCUGUAAAUAGUAGAGAUUAUGCAAAAGCUGCAAGUGGUAAGGGUGGUGCACAAGGGAGAGUUGUUGCUGUUAUUGGUGCAGUUGUUGAUGUACAAUUUGAUAAUGAACUGCCACCAAUUCUUAAUUCAUUGGAGGUCCAAAAUCGGAGUCCCAGAUUAGUCCUUGAAGUCGCUCAGCAUCUGGGAGAGAACACAGUACGCACCAUUGCUAUGGAUGGUACUGAAGGUCUUGUCCGUGGCCAGACUGUUUUGGACUCUGGAUAUCCUAUUCGUAUUCCUGUUGGCGCUGAAACUUUGGGUCGCAUUAUUAACGUUAUUGGUGAACCAAUUGAUGAACGUGGACCUAUCCCUACUGACAAACUUGCCCCCAUCCACGCAGAUGCUCCUGAAUUCGUAGAAAUGUCAGUCGAACAAGAGAUUCUGGUAACUGGAAUUAAGGUCGUUGAUCUUCUUGCUCCCUAUGCUAAGGGUGGAAAGAUUGGUUUGUUUGGCGGUGCUGGUGUUGGCAAAACUGUACUGAUUAUGGAGUUGAUUAACAAUGUAGCCAAAGCUCAUGGUGGUUACUCUGUGUUUGCUGGUGUGGGUGAGCGAACACGUGAGGGUAAUGAUUUGUACCAUGAAAUGAUUGAAUCUGGAGUCAUCUCGCUUAAGGAUAAGACCUCCAAGGUAGCUUUGGUGUAUGGACAAAUGAACGAACCACCCGGUGCUCGUGCUCGUGUCGCCUUGACUGGUUUAACCGUCGCUGAAUACUUCCGUGAUCAAGAAGGACAGGAUGUACUGCUAUUUAUUGAUAAUAUCUUCAGGUUUACUCAAGCUGGUUCGGAAGUAUCUGCCUUGUUGGGUCGUAUUCCAUCCGCUGUGGGUUAUCAACCAACCUUGGCAACUGAUAUGGGUAGCAUGCAGGAACGUAUUACGACAACCAAGAAGGGUUCUAUCACUUCUGUGCAAGCUAUUUAUGUGCCUGCUGAUGACUUGACAGAUCCUGCUCCUGCCACCACCUUUGCUCACUUGGAUGCUACUACUGUAUUGUCCCGAGCUAUUGCUGAACUUGGUAUCUACCCUGCCGUGGAUCCUCUUGAUUCUACCUCCCGUAUUAUGGACCCCAACAUCAUUGGUACUGAACAUUAUAACGUUGCUCGUGGCGUGCAGAAAAUCUUGCAGGAUUACAAAUCACUUCAAGAUAUUAUCGCCAUCUUAGGUAUGGACGAGUUGUCUGAGGAAGAUAAAAUCACUGUAGCACGUGCACGUAAAAUUCAGAGGUUCUUGUCUCAACCAUUCCAGGUUGCCGAGGUGUUUACCGGUCAUGCCGGAAAAUUGGUACCGUUACAGGAAACUAUUAAAGGAUUCCAAAAAAUUUUAGUUGGCGAUUACGAUCAUCUUCCAGAGGUCGCAUUUUACAUGGUCGGACCAAUUGAAGAAGUAGUAGCAAAAGCAGAAUCGUUGGCUAAAUAAUAAGUCAAUUCACAGUCAUCGUAAUCAUGUCAUUAUUAAAUAAUUAAAACGAUCUUCUAAUAAUA